GCGCGGUGUUUCUCACCCGGAACUAUUUCUCAGACGGACCGACCGGAAGCAGCAGACGGACAAACACAACCAGAAACAGAUAUGAGAAAACAACAAACGAACUAAUCAACGAAGAGCUUGGUAUCGCUUAUCCCAUACUAGACGGCAUCCCGAAUAUGAUUCCUCAGGAUGCUCGUCUGAUCAAGAAAACCGAAGAAACUGAAAAACCGCCCGAGUCUUAGAGCGUUUUCCCCCUACAUUCGAGAUUACCCACAAUGCCGUUUCCUCUGUCUACAGUCACUGUCCUAAUCCCGGUGCUGUCCUUAUGCGGCCUCCUGUACUCCUCGGCUGUGGAUAAGAACUUCCCGCAGGGAUGCACCGACACCACCAGCGUGUGCUUUUACAGCCUGUUGCUGCCCGUCACUAUUCCUGUGUACGUCUUUUUCCAUCUGUGGAAGUGGAUGGGACUCAAGCUGUUCCGGCACAACUAGAGAUAUGUGAAUAAAGUCUGACAUGAAAGACAUUUAAACAUGCAUUCUUGCUCACAUCCUGAUGUGUUUAAAACCUAAUAAUUAAAAUAUUUUUAGCUGGUUUGUAGUGAUUAUGCUUUAAUCUGGUCUAACACAGGCUUUUACAGUAGUGUGUGUUUGAGGGUGACAUUAGACUUUUCCUUACAUUUUGUACUGAGAAAAUAACUGAAUAAAAUGAAGAUCCACCAAUAAUCUUUCUGUAUGUCAUAAAUUUCAAACUGGUGUCACGAUGAGACAAAUGUGAGAGGAAGUCCUAACACUGGUGCAGUCUGUAUGGAAUGUUUCAGAGUACAUACAUAUUAAAGACAGGGGGUAAUCAAUUUAGUAAAGUAUC